GUACACACCUACCACCGACGUACCUCUCGACAAUUAAUUGUAGGGCACUUAUAGGCCUAGGUGUAACCUAAGUAAAAGUUUAAAUUUUUAUACUAUAAGCGAAUAACUUACAUUAAUUAUACUGUAUUUUACACAUAGAAAUUGCAGUUUAUUACGACGAUGGCAACUAAAUGGGGAAUUUGCAGUGCUGGUAAAAUUUCCAAUGAUUUUGUCGUAGCCCUUCGCACGUUGGAUGCUGAAGAACACCAAGUUGCUGCUGUAGCUGCACGGUCACUUGAGAGUGCCCAGGCAUUUGCAGCCACCCACAAGAUCGAAUCGGCCUACGGGUCGUAUGAUGAAUUAGCCAUGAGUGAAAAAGUCGAUAUCAUAUAUAUUGGCUCUAUUAAUAGCCAACACUUAAGCUUGUGCAAGCUUUUCCUGAACCAUGGUAAACCCGUCUUGUGCGAGAAGCCACUUGGCCUGAAUGCAGAUGAAGUCAAAGAAAUAACUGAUCUAGCUAAAGAGAAAAAUCUUUUCAUGAUGGAGGGAGUGUGGAGCAGAUUCUUUCCGGUGUAUGCUAAAGUACGAGAAGUUAUUUCUUCUGGAAGAAUUGGUGAUAUCAAAUGUGUAAUGGUGUCGUUUGGAUAUCCUUUGAUAACUAAUGAGAGGUUAGCAAAAAAAGAUCUUGGAGGUGGUGCUUUGUUAGAUCUUGGUAUAUACACUGUUCAGCUUGCUCUAAUGGUGUUUGGUGGCCAGAUGCCCCUUUCAGUGGCAUCUAAAGGAUUCCUGACAGAGAAUGGAGUGGAUGAGACUAGUUCAACAACACUAUUAUUUCCUGAUAAUGGCAUAGCUGUUCUCACCUGUACAGGUACUUGCACCCUUCCAAAUGAGGCUGAUAUUGUUGGCACCAAGGGGAGAAUGAGG